UUCAUAGUGCGUGAAGAGAGAGCUAAGAAGUUUAGGAAACGAAGCCACAAGACCUCCAUCAACUUGGAACACGUCGCUUCCCUUGCGAGUGAGUGGGAAGAUUCCGUUAUAGACAACAUAGAUGAAGAAUACAAGCGGCUCGUCGAACAUCUUUACGAUAGCGCUAGGAAAACAGAGUCUACAAGCAGCCAAGAGACGACUUCGAAGACUUUCGAGCUGAUGCGCCAGCGUGGAAUCACGCGAGCUACAGGCAAUCGUCAACAAACGUUCGACUUUGCGAUGCCAUGCAGAGAACCGAUAGAAAAAAAUCUGAAAGAGAGAAGAGCAGCAAUUAUGGACAAAGCCGCCGAGGCCGGAAAGAAUAUUUGCAAAUCCCGUUGGAGCUUCGCAAAUUACAAAACCAAGAUGACUCCCCUUCGUCGUCCCGACGGAACAGUUACUGCUUCUCAAAGGACAACAGAAAAGGUCAUCUACGACUUCUACUCACAUCUCUUCGAACCACGUCUACCUGCCAACCCACCAUUUUAG